AUGGAUAUAUAUUACCUUCUCCAUCGUCGGUUUCCUUGGCUCGUCGACUUUCCAACCCUGAGACUGCGCAGACGCAAACACGUCGUUUUCAUGCCAGCCUGGCUCCUUGACUGGAUUCGUACCUCGGUCCACGACAUGCCUUGGUCACAGCCCAGCAUUCGAACCACUGCUAUUCAGUCGCUCAGCAACUCGCGGCAGGACCCGGCAUACUGGGCCUGCUACCCCUACUACAUGAAGCACGCGCGGGAUGGCGAUCGUACGUUCUUCAGACACAUUGAUGUGGACGUCAAGACAGCUCUCGACAGAGGCCGGGGUGCGAAUGCCACGCUGUCCAGGGCUCACUAUCCCUGGACAACGAGGAUGCCGACAAGUGUGGCACCAAUGGCCUUACGGACCGCUUUCUUCCGCACCGACUGGGCGAUGAGUCCAUGCGACAGACUUUAUGUUCAAAUCACCCAUCCGCAUGCACGGCACAAACAAAAUACCCAUGGACUGCAGAGAUUGACAACGGUCAAGCCAAAGAGCAACACCACCCGUGACUUGAAGGCUUCCCAAAGUCAGCGUCUGCCUCGGGAUUCCGAAUCACUAUUCCACUGCCCUUUACGCAAGCCACUUAGCUCCCCUGGACGAGCGAAUUCACGCCCAACUCCAUUGAGUCUCGACCACAAACAGCUACCCCCGCUGGUUUUCAGCAAGCUCACCGAGAGCCCCUUCUACGGGCAGCUUGCGCUUUCUCUCCUGACGCGCCUUCAGAUUAACAGCAUGAUAAAGGGAAUGUUUACGGAACAGCAUUGUAUGGUGGAACAGCUGUGCUCCUUUGUCAGCAAUUGCUUUUACAAGGGUCAGCUGCGCACCGUAGCGGCUAUAAGCCCGGCCGUGCCCGCUAUUAGCAACACUAUUGUCCUGCAUCACAAGGCCACCCUGCACCAGGCCAGGCCCCUAGUAUUCCUUGAUAUUGCGGGCGCGGAGGACCAGCACAACACACACGACAUCUCUGUCAUCAACCCGAACAGCUGCACCGCGGUGGUGGCGCUGGCCAAGGACCUGAUCACCAACCAGAUCAAUCUUCUCAGCCCGUACGGUGGCCAGGCGCAGGUGUCCACCGUGCACGACUAUCAGGGCAAGAAGAACAUGCUUGUGGUGGUCGACUUCACCGCGUGUUCGAGCCUUCUUUUCGCCUCCGAUCCCCACCGAUCCAAAGACUCAACAGGCCAGGGGGGCGUAAUGCCGAUCCUGUACGACGCCAUCUGCAACAGCGUUUUAGUGUAUUGUACAUGGCUCCAAGAGAAGCAAGACGGGAUAACCGAGGAGGAUUCGAUAUCGACCACGAUCGACAUCGCCAGAAUUCUCUGGACACGGCUCAACAACAAACAAAGAGCAAGAGCAAGAGUGAAGAGGCUACUGCCGCCACUUCUAUACAGACUUGCAAGGCAGGUUUUAGUGGACGCGAAUGGCACAGAGGCUGGCCAUAAUGCGAUGGCCCAGCUGUUGGCAUAUUGGGUCAAAAUCGUGCGGUACGAUUUCGAUGCCAUUUAA